GACCCCUUUGAUGCAUCAGAGUUUGUUGAACGAUUGGCAUGGAAAACAGUUGGUAGCUCAAAAGCAGAAAAUUUUGAUCCAAUGCUUUUGUACCAGACAUUUGAAAAAACAAUAAAAGAUUUGAAAGAUAAAAGAAGCAUUGUGAUGGCAAAAGUAGCUCAGUUGGAAAAGAAAUGUGAAGAUGAAGAGAAGCUGCAUUGGUCAAAAGUUGCCCAGCUCCACAAACACAAUCAGACUGCUUUUGAUCAUUUCAAAGCAUUGGAUGAACGUAUAAAUUUUGUGGCGACAAAAGUUGUUCACUUGGGAGACCAGCUGGAAGGAGUGAACUUGCCAAGAACCAGAGCAGCAGAGGCUCAGCUUCUCAUGAAGUACUUUUCAGAGUUUCUGGAUGCAGACAAACCUUUGUCACACUUUUUCAAUGACCCAUUCCAAAUCCAAGCAGCAGCAGAUGUUAUCCAGAAACUAUAUUUAAUCAUCCAAGAACUUCCUCCAAGUGACAAAUUCAGUGCUGCCAGUACUCGCAUUCAUAACAAGUACAACGAGAUAGAAGGUCAUUUGAUUGAUGACUUCAAGAAAGCUUACAACCACGGCGACCUUGAGGGAAUGAAAAACAUUCUUAAAACUUUGUCUCACUUCAAAGGCUACUCAGAUUGCAUCAACAUUUUCAUUGAAGAAAGUCAAGCGGAGCUAAAGAUGGAUCCAACAAUCUUUGAGAAGGUCCCUCCCCUGUGUGAGAAAGUCAACCAGACCGUCUUUGAAGUCUUUGCUCAUCCAGAAAGUGUCAUGGAUAAGUUCAUGCUGGAUGUCUAUCAGGGAAAACUGCAGAAAUAUUUGUCUAGUCAGCUGAGCAGUAAGGCAGAUAUGGACAGGUAUAUGAAAGAGCUGCACUCUCUUUAUGGCAGAACAGUAAAUUUGUCAUCUUUAUUGUCUGUUGCCAAUUAUGGUAGUGGAACAGUUGCUCUUGAUAAAGUCACAAAGUCAAUCUUCAACUUUUACUUGGACACGUACACGAAUGACGAAAAGAUGCACUUGAAGAACAGGUGUGAGACCAUCCUGGCCAGGUUCUACGAAUCUAAGAACCACCAAAAGAAGAACAUUCAGUCUUCUGGACUACAGGAGCUGCGUCGAGACAUUCAGACAGCCAUCACAAGUCGUACAAACAUCAACCUCGGAAUCAGCAUUGAGAAUUAUGGAGGAGAAACUUUCCUGGCUCAAGAGGUCGCUAUCAACAUUCUUCAAGAGUUCAAGGUUGCACUGAAAAGAUGUCAAAUUUUAUCAUCAAAGAAUGAUGUGUCGGACAAUGCAGCUAAGAUAUUUGAGAUGUUGGUGCAGUACUUGUGCGUUGAGUACAUCAACUAUGCUGUUGAACUAGGAUUGAAUGCCAUUCCACUUCCAGAACCAAAAACUGAGCCAAAGUAUUAUUUCUUCAAUGUCGUUCAACAAGCCAAUUCAGAUUUUCAUUUGUUUGAGAAGUUGUACAAUGACAGCAUUCAUCCACUUGUCGUUGGCACCAGCAGGAUGGGUGAAUGUCAGCAGAGGAAGAGAGAGGUCUUCGAGAUGAUGGAGUCCAAACUGGAUGUUGGUCUCGAUAGGACGCUAACUUCUAUGGUUGGAUGGCUCAAGUACAUACUGACAACAGAACAGAAGAAAUCAGAUUUCAAACCUGAGGCAGAGGAAGGUCCUCUACAAAUGUUCUCCACUGCUUGUUCGAAGGUUGUGUCCUACUUGAAGUCUUGGAUCAACCUCAUCAACGCUGGUCUCGAUGGCAAAAAUGUCGACAACGUCAUAACAGAGUUCGCAGUUCGAUUUCACAGAGUUCUUUAUGAACAUUUGCAGCAGUUCCAAUACAAUUCCAUCGGAGCGAUGAUGGUCAUAUGUGACAUUAAUGAGUAUCGCAAGUGCCUGAAGAACCUGCAGAUAGGACUGAUCAAUGAACUCUUCAACGCCCUGCAUGCCCUCUGCAACCUGCUCGUCGUCGUUCCUGACAACAUCAAACAAGUCUGCCUCGGAGAUGAGCUGGCUGGCCUGGAUAAAUCAGUUCUAACGUCGUUCAUACAACUGCGGUCUGAUUACAAGUCUGCCAAGUUGGCUCAACACUUCAAAUAGCUGACUGGUGAUCAUCGUCUUGAUCGUUAUUGUAAGCAGAUCUAAUAGGUACUUUUGUUCAAUUUAUAUCACCUUUCAGUUCAAUACGUUGCCGAAGAUUUCUUGUUAUAUAUCAACGGAAUAGUUCAUCUGAAUGGCUUAAUCAAUUUUGCGAUAACACCCUUUCCAAACUAAAAUGAACUGUUCUCUAGUUUUCAAAUAUUUCAUUAACAAACAUUUGUUUAAUUUUUUACUAAUUACGCCUAUUUGUAUUUAUAUUUAUUGAACAUUUGAAUUAUUAUUAACUAUUUGUUUGAGUGGAGAUUCGUGUUCAUCGUAAUUGAUGAGACUGAACCUGACCAUUUCAAUCUGGUCAUUUUCGUUAAACAAUUAUUUUUUUUAUGCAACGCACAACGUGAUGCUUAUUCAUGAACCCACGUCUGAUUGACUGGUUAUAGAAAGUAAAAAAGUGCUUGUUUUAGUUGCGUCAGUAGAGAGUAAAUCAAUCACAUAAAUUAAGUUAAAUUAUUUUACGAACAUAAUAUAUUUGUGGCCUCUGUUAUCUAACCUUAACAAUAAGAACAUUGCUUCCACUAUUUGUCAACCUUCCAAGAACAUUCACCCAGGCUUAAAAUUCACGCCGAUUGAAAAAUUUUUUGUCUUCUCAACAACCGAUUUUGAUCAUUUUGAGAUGAAAUUUAAGUUUAUGGUAAGAAAAUAAAUACGAGGUAAAGUAUAUUUCAUUUUUGUUUCAAAUAAACAAAAUGUCAUAAGCAAAUUAGACCACCACAAAUUGCAAAAGUUAAUGCAAUGCUGCAUAAUUAAUGUUUGAAAUACUGUAAAAUGAUUCGUACUUGUGAAUCAAAAAACUUUUCCUUGCAUAAAUCAUUCGAAUUAUUUAAAAUAAAGAAA